UGUCCACGGGUUAUGAUACAUUAUUGAGUUUGAAACAACUCACAAAUGAUAGUUUAUCAAAGCUGGAGAUGUAUAUUCGAAAAAAUCGUGCUUCAAUUGUUUUUUGUCAUUGCGUAGAGCCUUGCAAUUUUGCCGAUUAUGAAAAAAAAAUUACAUUUGAUUUUUCUCCCGGUCACCGAGAAAUAAUAUUAAAUUUUCCAAAAAUCAUCGAAGAUAUGCAAUCAUCAAAAAUGUUUCGUAAUCUGUCAUUGGAAGGAACAAAGGCAAAGAAUUCCAGUCAACUUUGUGCAGAAUAUUCCAUCAUCCUAAAUGAACUAUUAAAUGUGGCAAAUAAAAACAAAGACAGGUCGAAGAAUGCGCGGGAGUAUACUGAUACGUUGAAAUACUUUGCAACAUAUAUAUUUACACUAUGCGGCCGAACUUGUUACGAGACACUACAUCAAAAUUUGCCUAUUCCCUCGACAAAAACGAUAUUGCGUUGCAUCAAUGAAUACAAAACGAGAAUUGUCGAAGGCGAUUUGAGGUGUAAAGAAUUACUCCAAUAUUUAACAGAACGCAAUGCCGGCACCGACAUAUUGCUAUCAGAAGAUGCUAGUGGCAUUGUAUCGAAAAUACAGUAUGACUCUGUGUCCAACCAUUUGAUUGGAAUUGUUUUACCAUUCGACGAAGUAAACGGAUGUCCAAAGCAAUAUGUGUCUACGGCAGAAAAUUUAGAAGAAAUCAAACAAUUUAUGCAGCACAAUAAAUCAACACUAGUGUACAUUGUUCUAGCGGUACCAAUGAAAGAGGGUAUACCACCCUUCUUGUUGCAGAUGUUCGGCACCAACAAUAAGUUUAAUACUGAACACGUCAUUCGACGAUGGAACUUUAUCAUAAACGAAUUGAAAAAAUAUGGUAUUCGGGUUCGUGGAUUUUCGUCGGACGGCGAUGAACGGCUUUUGGCAGCCAUGCGCCAUCAAAUGAACCAGGAUCACAUCCCGCAAAUUUUCGUACAAGACUCCAUUCAUUGCGGAACAAAGAUGCGGAACCGGCUGUUAAGGCCACAAGGUUUGUUACCAAUGGGAAACAAACAAGUGGCGGUUGCACAUCUAAAAAUUUUAAUCAAAGAUGUGGCAAAAGAAAUACAUGGAUUAACAUACUUCACAGUCUGUCCAAAUGAUAGACAGAACUUUAAAUCACUGGAAAAGUGCAUGAAUAUACGGACACGAAAUGCCCUAUUAAAAUAUGUUCCCGAUAGUGAUGCAACAGCUUUUUAUCUUCAAAUAUGUCAUCAAAUUACGUCAAGUUUUAUGGACUAUAAUCUUAUGCCCUUGCAACGUGUCGAAUUAAUUUUUCAUUCUGUGUUCUUUUUGCGAGCAUGGAGACAGUGGAUUUCGUCAUCGGAAUACAGCCUUGAACAUAAUUUCAUCACGAGAAAUGCUUAUCUUUGUACUGAGAUAAAUGCGGAAAAUUUAUUAAGAAUGAUAAGACAAUGUCGGGAUGAAGGCAAACCAGAACUUUUCCUCACCACUUUAUGUAAUAGUCAAGCUUGCGAGCAAGCAUUUCGUCAAUUUCGGAGCAUGGGUACUGCUAACUGGACAAAAGUAAAUUUCUCCCUUCUGGAGCUAUUGAACAUGAUUGGCAGGCUCGAAGUUCAAAAUGAUCUCUUGUACACGAAGUUAUCUGCAUUAAACAUACCGCUUCCAAAACUUGAAUCAAAAGCAACAAUGGCCAAAACCAAAAUAUAUGAUUUACCAUCCGAUUCUGACAUUGAACGAAGCCUUGAGAGAGCGAAACGUUCAGCUAUAGAUGAUGCAUCCAAAUUUGGUAUUAUUAUUGAUCCAGUCAAAAUCAAAGUUCCCGGCGUUAGAAUUUCAAGAAAUUUUCAUGAUGUCGAAUUGAACGAUUAUGGCAGUGACGAUGAAGACGAAGAAGUUGAAUAUGAAGUUGAAGUCAAUGAAAAUGUUAAUGAUAAUGGACAACAUAACCGUUUGGAUGACGAUGAAGAAGAAGAACAACAACAAGAAGAGCAAAUCGUACAAGAUGAUGAUAAUCAAAGAGCAUACGUAGCUAUAAUUGAUAAUUCUGGACAAAAAAAACAUAUUCGUAAAAGCACAAUAGUUUGGUCACUGUCCGACGGUGCCAAAAAAAUUAGCAGCGAUCGAUUGGUGCGUGUACAGCAAGCCACAAAUGCCAUUCAAUUUUACCAGAAUCGCAACUUGGAAAAUUCACUUAAUUCAAAUGAUAAAAUAUGUGUUUCACAAUAUAUCACCAUUGGGGACUGGUGUUUUUUUAAAUAUAAAGGAACAUCAGAUGAGAAUGAACUGAUUUGUAUUGGAUCUAUUCUCGGUUUUAGACUCGCUAAUGGAAAUUCUGAAAAAGAAAAAAUUUAUAAAGGUGACCUAGUUGAUUUGGCCAAAACUCCAUCUUUGAAAAACAAUUUGCAACUUCUAUCUUCGUGGUACUUUGUAAACGAUAAUGCCCGUUUAGUUCCCGUUAAAUCAGAAAAUCAUAGUUUUCUUCAUAUGGAAAAUUACAUUGCGUCUUUAUUGAUCAAACCAAUACUCGAUGCUGACACACACACACUUUAUUUCCAUCAAAAUGAUUUUAAAGAAGUAGAAGACGCUAUUUUAAAACUGAUUUGA